UCUCAGAUUCUAGAUGAUGCAAAACUUUUGGCCGUAGCAGUACUUUAUGACCCUACUGCUGGAGUUUGCAUUACAUAAACAUUUACUUCAUUUGUAAAAUCUCUGCCCUGGACAGUAUGGGCUGUACUGCUCUGUGUUCUCCCACGCUUGCUUCUGUAGAGUCUAGCCUGGAGAAGAAGGUUUUGACUUGCUGCGGGGCACUCCGAUCUUGUGGUAGGACCUGUCUCAAGGCUGUUGUCAGGGAAACGGUGGCCCAGUUGAUUUUUAAGUACAGCUCCUAAUAAAGUGCUUGAAGAAGCUCUUAAAACAAUCCCCUGAGUUCAGACUUGUUGAUGCUUUGAACAUGAAUGUUGUUUUCUUCUUAGAACUGGUACCAGGGUAAAUGUUUUGUAAAUGUAUAAUUAUCUGACUCGAACCACUACAUCUUAACCAUGACUGCACAAAACAGGCAGGUUUCUUUUCACUGGCACUAAGGGGAGAGAUACUGCAGAAUGGAAAUGGCCCACUGUGGACAGACCAAGAGUACAUUAUUUUUUAGAAAUACAUGUUUAUUUAUUUAUUUAUUGAUGAUUGACCUCACUGGUUUACCGUUAAAUUUUGACACAAAUCAACAUAUAUUUUAUUCUUUAGGAAUGAUUUUUUAUCUUAAAAAAAUUAAUUAAAUACAAAAAAACCCCAAGAAAAAAUAAUAAAUAAACAUUCAGCAACAAGGUUAACAGAUAUGGUUGUAGGAAUGGAGUUUGAUUGAAUGUGUACCAGUAUUGAUACUUUUAAAAAUAGUCAAUUAAACACACAUGUUUACAUUAAUUAUAUAUACGGUACUAGUAUUUAAAGAGGUCCCGUUGAGUCAGUGAUUUUUUAUUUAUAUAUUUUUGGUCCAUGAUCCAGUGACGGUAGCCUACUCCCCCCUACUUCCUGUAUAAUGAAUAAUGCUAAAACGACUGUUGUGGCUAGAAAGUGGCUAGAAAUUUUGAUGGUAUGCAGAUGUGAAUAUGUGGAUAAUGUAUUAUGGUAAUAUAUAGAAAAAAUGUGGUUCAUGUCUACUGUACUGUCUACAACUUUAUUUUUCUGUUCUUAUAUUGGUUUACUUUCAACUAGCUCACACAUCCACCGCACUUCAAAAAUGUGCUUCACUGCAGCCCCCUGUCAGAAAGCAACAGAAGUGCAUCGCUUGGGAAUAAUCGAGUCAAAGGGUUAGAACGUGCACUGCGAGUCUCUAUGGAAACGUGAAGCUCCUCAAAACAGCGGACCCGUCGGCGGGUGCAGUUGUGUGUAAGUUUUCAUACGCAUUCACCUGCUUUAAACGUUAAAAAUAACGUUGAAUGAAACAUGCCACAGAAAGCAGUGAAGGUAGUUGUUGAAUUCCAGCUUCAUGCGGUGACUUGCCCAGGUGUGUUUUUGACAGACAAAGAUGAUGUCUACCUUAGUGUAUGCAUCAUGGGACAGUACAGAAAGUCAGCAUGUCGUUUGCCAGUAUUCCCGCUGCUUUUUCAUGAAAAGAUGACAUUUGAAAAGGUUUUUAAGAUGGCGAUGGACCCUGCUGCUGUAGCUGAGCAGUUAGAAUAUGAAACUGCAAAAUUUGAGCUAAUACAGUUAUUUCCUCCAGUGGGGGAGACAUUGGCAUCUUAUGAAGAAGAGGCAAGGAGCUUUCUUUUUCCAGAGCCUAAACUGUCCCCUACCUACCCUGGAGUUGACAGAGAAGUACUAAUGAGACGGACACCAAAUUUCCCAGGAAUUGCACCAAAACUAGAAUUUUCAACCACAACUACAAUUAAGGAAUGCUCAUUCAAAAGAGAGAAAGGAGUCUGUUCAAAUAAUAACCUGGUAGUUCCAAGAAAAUCAAACAUUCGGAAGGCACAAAGGUCAGGAUCAUCCACACCAUCCAGAAAUAGAAGUACAUCACCAGGGAAGAAACAGGUGUCCUGUUGUAUUGAAAGGAAUUCCAAAAAGCAGGCAAAUGUGUCCAAGCCCAGGUCUUUAUCGCUGUGCGCAAACAAGCGCAUUGCAGAGGAUUUUGAGCUGAACAGACUGGGACUGACUCAGCUCAACCUGGGUCCUCACAAGUUCAAGUCAGACAAGAACACCAGGUCACACUUUCAGGUUCCCAGUGUUGACAGCUCCAGGCCUAUCAGUAAACAUGACUCACCACCACAGCUAUCUCCAGAUUUACUUAUAUCAAGAUCAAGAAGCACUUCACCCAAGUCACAUCUUAGUGGUGAUAUCUCUUUUGGAAGUCCCAGACAAAAGAAUGCUAUGGAGAGUAGUGAUAGAGGCACCCAGGAUACUGGUCAUUUGGCAUCUACUGAUGCAGAUGAUCUAGUCAGUUACUCCCCAAAUUCAAAUUCAAGCUCAGCUCUGAGAAGCCACAUGAAAUCCCCCACCUCUGCCUCAAUGCUGUUGAGUUCACCAAGCCUACUGAACCGGUCACCUCUAAGGCAAAGGUUCAAAUCAGACUCUAACAAUACCUGGGAAUCAAUCCAUGACCGAGUUAGAAAUCUUCUAACAACCCACAGUGCUAGACAGCGUCUUUCCUUUGGGGCUACAGAAUCUGAGGUAGCUGAAGUCCUUGAAAGGAGAUCUAUAUCCCCUUCCAACUUCUCAAUGGAAAAAAGAUAUUAAGGUUCAUAAGGAACUUGCUUGGAAUGGAAGACCCCUUGGAUAAAGAAAUGUAAUGCUACAUUAUCAACUAUCAAGAAAGUGAUGCAACUGUAGUCAAAUUGCUGUUUAAUAAAAUACUGCAUUGAUUCUACAAAAAGCUAAUCAAAAAUAUGAAAGUUUGUUGUUUAACUAGAGAGUGUGGAAAAGUAUGAAGUAUGUUGUGUUAUUGCUUAAAAAUUUUCAAUUUUAUAUGAUUUUGGUUUGGAUGUGUUUAUAUUGACUAAUACAAAAAAGUGAGUUUGCUUUAUGUAGUACAGGAUAAAAUACUAUUAAAAACACAAGAGCAGCAUACACCAUAUGUUGUGGAAAUGGAAACCGUGCCAGCUGUAACUUGACAGUAGGGUACAUUGAAAUAAAAAUAAAACAAAUUAAGAAAUAUAUCAACAGUAACUCCUGCAAAUAGAACAACUCUUGCAACAUCAUUGAUUGGAACUGCUACCUCAAUAACAGCUAAAAGGUCGGAAUGAAAAUGAAUAAUGAUGUUUUGAAUUUAAAAUGUAUUUGGAGCCAAAUUAAGAUUUGAAUAGUGCUGAAUUAUCACACUUGCAUACAUUUCUCAACAGACACAGAUUAUCCUGCUUCUCAGUAGUAUUGCAUUGUGUUAAUAAUUACCUCUUGAUAUUAUGAAAAAAUAUGUUGAAGUAUUAUAAUUGUAAUGUACCACAGUACUUAACAAAUCGUACAGUGAUUUAGUCUUGUUAAGAAAAUACAUUACAUGCGUUGCAACCCUCUUUUUAUAUAUUGCUAUUUAUGGGAAAAUAGGGAUUUAAUCCCAAAAACCAUUAGUGAGAGUAAUUUUUGCAGUUACACUGAUACCAAAUACCCUUAUAAAAGUUUACUGCAGUAAACUAACAUGGAACUAAAAUAUUUGUAUAUUAGCUAUAGGAAUUGGAGUGACAGAGGGAAAUAAUUUUUAUAUUGUUUUCAAAUGUUCGUUGUUACCAUUUAUAACUGUUUCUGUAAUUGGUAAAAUAUAUUUAAAAAACUG